UCCUCUUGGUCGCACUUCGGUGGGAAGGGCACAUUGUUGCAGCUGCUGCGAGUUGAUUUCAAUGAGCAACACAAUCCACGUUGUGGAUUAAAUAUCUCCAGUAAACACAGAUUGUAGUGUGCAGCUGCGGGUGUGGAUGGGAGGAAACAGCCCGAGUCACUUCUCCCAUGAGGAUGGGGGAGGCGGAGGAGUAACUUUUGUGAAGGGCAUUCGGCUGUCAGACAAAGUCAUCAACCGGAUGAGACAGCCGUCAAAGGUCGUCUCUCCUCAGCUCUCACAGAAUGGAAAUCUUCCUCCUCCACCUAAAACACAAACACCCACCCCAGUUCCCGCCCCAUCUGUUGAACACCUAAUACCUCUUCUGACUCCUCCUCCAUUCAUCCCCCCGCCGGGAGCCCCGUCUACACCUCCGUCAGUGGAACCUGCUCCUCCUGUAAAGCUUGUCCCUCCCCCUCCUGUAAAGUUUCACUCCCUUCCUCCUGCCUCUGUGGAGCCUGCAGCCCCACCUCCACCUGAGGAGCUAAAAACUUCCCCUCUAACCGACCCUGUUGUCUCAACCCCUCCACCUCCUCCUCAGGAAGCUCUAUCCACACCUCCAUCAGUGGAAUCUCUUCCUCCUAUAAGUUUUCCCACCCUUCCUUCUGCAUCUGUGGAGCCCCCAGCCCCGCCUCCACCUCCAACCGACCCUGUUGUCUCAGCCCCUUCUUCUCUUCCAUCUCCUCCUCAGGAAGCCCUAUCCACACCUCCAUUAGUGGAAUCUCUUCCUCCUGUAAGUUUACUCUCCCUCCCUCCUCCCUCUGUGGAGCCUGCAGCCCCACCUCCACCUCCAACCGACCCUGUUGUCUCACCUCCACCACCUCCUCCUCCUCAGGAAACCCCAUCAACACCUCCAUCAGUGGAAGUUCUUCCUCCUGUAGAUUUUCUCUCCCUUCCUCUUGCAUCUGUGGAGCCUCCAGCCCUGCCUCCACCUCCAACCGACCCUGUGGUCUUAGGUCCUCCUCCUCCUCCUCCAUCUACAGUAGAAGCACUUGUGGAGCCUGAACUUUCUCCUCCUCCCCCCCCUCCUCCUGCUGUAGUGGAGCCCGUAGUCCUACCGCCUGUUGAAUCCUUCAUCCCACCUCAUGUAGAGCCAGAAACCCUGUCUACACUGCUGAUAGCAGAACACGUCGCCAAACCUGUUGUCCUACCUCCACCUGUGGAGUCCACAGCAGCUGUAGCUCCUCCUGAACCACUAGCUUCGUCUCUGCCCCCUGAACUUGUGCAACCAACCCCUCCAACUACUAUUGGACCUGCUGCUCUUGCUCCCUCUGUGGAACCUCUUGAACCUCUCGUCCUGUUGCCACCAGUGGAAACAGUCUCACCUCCACCCACAACUGAAUCGACACCAGUUGAACCAAUAACCCCACCCAAUCCUGUUGAUUCAGCUCCAGUUGAAGCUGUAGCUUUGCCUCCGCAAGUGGAGACGACUCUUGUUGAGCCUGUCGUCACGCCCGCUGCAGUUGAAGAAGUGCCUCCAGUCGUGGCUCUGGUCGUGGCUCCAGCUGUGGAUUCACCGACUCCAUGCGAACUGGUUCCACCUCCACCCCCUCCAGAGCCCGUGGCAGCACCCUCUCCUGCUCCAGAGCUCACUUUUGAAGAGCCCUCCCCGCCCUGUCACUGUGAGGAACUGGCCGUUGUACCCACUGAUGCACCUGUAGAUGAACCCCUUGCAGAGCCUCGAGCACCACCUCCACUGGAUCCAGCUCCACCUGCUGAGGAGCCCACCACCACCCUGUCUCUGCCCCCAGUUGCUGAAGAUGAAGUGCUUGCUGUCACCUCAGUGCCUCCACCUGUAGCAGCUUUGCCCGUUUCUCCUGAAGUGCUGGAGGAAGAGAUGAGGCAGAAGAUCAAAGAGGAGAUGCAGAAAAGUCUGGAGGAGGAGAUCAACCAGAAGAGGCAGGAACUGCAGCGACAGCUGGAGGAGAUGAGGGCUCAGGCUCGAGCAGAGGCCAAAGCAGCAGCUCAGGCUCAGGUGGAGGAGCAGGUGAAGAAGACACUGGAGGCGGAGAAGACAGCGUACAUGGAGAACCUAACGGACUCCAUCAUGAAGGAGCGAAUGAAGACGGAGGAUCAGAGGCUCAUGGUGCAGCUUUAUUGGAUGGAGCUGAAGGCUCAUCAACUGGAGCAGAAGGAGAAAGCUUUAAAGAAACAAGAUGCUCUCUACAAGGAACAUGUCGCAAAACUUGAAACAAAGUGUACCCAGUUUUACAAAGUGACUGCUGAGAGCUUCCAGAAGGGCAAAGAGGAGACUCACAACCGUUUUGCGCGUUUCGAUAUCCAGCCAGUUUGUGGUGACUUGCAGAGCCAGAUUUUAAAAUGCUACAAGGAGAACACAGGAAAGACUUUGUCUUGCUCGAGUAUCGCCUCGGCCUACAUGCAGUGUGUGGACAACGCCAAGAAGAAUAAAUUAAGCACUGGAGGUUAAUAUGGAGCGUUUGAUGACAUCUGACAGCCUUACUGUUGACAGAAAACUACAAACACACAAGUUACAGGAAAUACAAGAGAAUCAACUCCAACCUUUACAGUCACCUGGGAGAAGUGCCAUAUAGGCCAGCUAGGCCUGUAGUCUGGCCUGGUACUGGUGUCACAAACAAUAACGGCUUGGUGUUUAGCGUAGGUGCCAUGUUUUCAACCUCUCUGGUUCUUGGGAUCAUCUUUAAACCAACUGUGCCACAACAAUAAGAGAUGGAUCAACACAACAAAAGAGCAGAAGAUUUAAGUUUGUCAUUACUGGUUUUUAGUUUGGCAGCGGUGUGAAAUCAAGUAAGGUAUCUGUAAGAGAAAUGUAUACUGAAUGAGAUUCUGGUAAAUCAUUAUGUAUGUGUGCCUUUUAGUUAUGAAAGCUAAUUAUCAGAUUGCAGAUGCAUGGAAGAAUCGUUUAAUGAGUGUGAAGAAACCUGUACAUGUUAAGGCUAUUGAACUGUACAUAAAUUAUUUCAGGGGUUAUUUCGGGUGCAUGAAAAUAAUUAAAUCAGUCUCAAUAAACUUUGUUGUUGGACUACA